CUGUGUUUAUUGUUUCUCGGGUAAUUUUCAUUUUUUUAGCUGGACAAUUACGAAGGGGGAGAUCACCUUUAGAAUGGUUAAUAGGUGCCUUAACCAUUUAAAUUAUGUUUAAAUUGAUAAUCUUUAAUUAGUUUGAUGAAGGGAAUUUUAUAAAUGGGGUCGAUACAAUAUGAAUGUUUUUGGGUUGAUUAUUGACCAUUAAUGUUUAAGAAAUUAAUAAUUUUUUUAUUUCAAAAUUUCAAAAUUCGUGACAUGAGUUAUUGCCCAAAGGCAAAUCAAACAAGUCCAUGCAUCUUUAUUUUAGGUUUUUCCGUGGCCUAAAUUCUCAUCCCACAUAUACGGCUAAAUAUAUUAACUUAAAUUUUAUUUUAUCUUUUCAUUGAUUAAUUAAGAGUAGCAAAAAUAUGGAAAGAAAUAUAUGAUAGGGCAGAAUCAUCUUCGUUAAGAAGACCUGGCUUCAAAGGUUCCAUCAAUAUUCCAAAACGAUACUGCUUGAAAAUAGUUUUUGCUGUCAUAUCAAAAAGCAAUAGAAAAGAUGCAACAAAAGUCAUUCUUAACGUUUCUUUAUGAUCAAUUUUCUGUUAAUCUGGAGUUUGGUUUGCAAAGAACAGCCUCCGGAAGCUAAGGACUUCUUCAUCCAAGGACCAAGCUCUUGACUUUAGCUUCAAGACAAUCAAACCCCCUACACCAAGAAUCCUCUCUUUUCUUCACCCAUUUAUAAACCACUCCAUUCCCAUGGCGUCGAAGACUAAGAACACAAACAAAACAAAACUUGAGCCUGCAACUAUUUCCCAGAAUACCCAAUGGAGGCUUCAAGUUCGUGCAAGGAUGGUGCAGCCGAGAUCGUCUUCUUCGACUUGGAAACCACGGUGCCGAAUAGAGUGGGGCAGCGGUUUCGAGUAUUGGAAUUUGGUGCCAUUGUUGUCUGCCCCCUUAAGCUCGUGGAGCUUGAGAGCUUCACCACCCUCAUUAGACCAACGGAUUUGUCAGCCGUCACUUCGAGGUCCAGCCGACGUGACGGGAUAACAAGAGAAACCGUUGCAACUGCACCAUUGUUUGAGGAAGUUGCGGACAAGAUAUUCAGCAUCUUGAAUGGAAGGAUAUGGGCAGGCCAUAACAUUCAAAGAUUUGACUGUGUUCGUAUCAGGGAGGCGUUUGCAGAGAUUGGCAGGCCUGCUCCUACGCCAGUCGGGAUGGUUGAUUCUUUAGGAGUCUUAACUGCAAAGUUUGGCAAGAGAGCUGGAAAUAUGAAGAUGGCAUCAUUGGCUUCUUACUUUCAGCUGGGGCAGCAAAAGCACAGGAGCCUCGACGAUGUUCGUAUGAAUCUAGAGGUCCUCAAGCAUUGUGCUACUGUUCUGUUUCUGGAAUCGACCCUCCCAAGCAUAUUACACGGAAAGUGGAAAACUUCAUCCACCACAACAACUCGAAACAGAGCCAACGGGAAGUUGCAUUGCAGAGAAGAAAGUAGUCGAAAAUCUCCUCCAACGUCACCAGGAUAUCAACUGAGAUCAGUUCCUUAUGCAAGAGAGAGAUUGGGAAUUGGAAAGGUUCAGUUACAGAUGACAGAAAAGGUAAAGAAUGUACUCUGCAGAGCUCAGGGAAAACAGAAUUUUGACAUCUUACUCGAACAUUCUCGUUCGCUGCUACGAUGACUCGAACCAAAUAGAUAUACCAUCUUGUUGAUAAGAACCUUGUCAUUUGGAAAGUGUUUCUUCUUGGGAGAGAUUCUUUAAUGCACAUACAUGAAAAUUGAAAA